UAGGCUUAGAAGCUCAGCUGUUCUCAAAUUCAAGCGCUCUCACUGCUCGCUGCUCUCUGCUCCAUCACUCUUCUUCGUCUUCGUCUUUGUCUUAUAUUAUGCGCAAUGAUUCCUCAACAUCUGCAGACACAGACGCUUGGCUAUAUACAAUGGCUUCCACCACCUCCGAUUCGAUUUGGUUCAGCUCUUCUACCUCCUCAAGGAUUUCAAUCUUCGAAAAUCUCCAUAACCAGCUUUAGAACAAACUCUUCAGUUCUUAGAUUACGUAAUAAAAACUUUAAGCCUAGAAGUAGUAAAGGCGUGAUUAGUAGCUCAGUGUCGGAGCAAGACCAGAACCAGAAGCAACAAUUGGGGGUAAGGAGGUCCUACCCUUUUCACGAAAUAGAGCCUAAAUGGCAGCGGUUUUGGGAGGACAACUCCACUUUUCAAAUCCCAGAUGAAAUUGAUACGUCCAAGCCCAAAUAUUAUGUUCUUGACAUGUUCCCUUAUCCCAGUGGAGCUGGCUUACAUGUUGGUCAUCCACUUGGAUACACUGCCACAGACAUUCUUGCAAGAUUCAAACGCAUGCAGGGGUACAAUGUGUUGCAUCCUAUGGGAUGGGACGCUUUUGGGUUGCCUGCGGAGCAAUAUGCGAUCGAGACAGGAACCCACCCAAAGAUCACAACCCAGAAGAACAUUAAUCGUUUCCGUACCCAGCUUAAAUCACUAGGUUUCUCAUAUGACUGGAAUCGUGAAAUUUCUACAACUGAACCUGAUUAUUAUAAAUGGACCCAAUGGAUCUUUCUUCAGCUGUUAAAGAGGGGACUGGCAUAUCAGGCUGAAGUGCCAGUGAAUUGGUGCCCUGCUCUUGGCACUGUGUUAGCAAACGAGGAGGUGGUGGAUGGUGUGAGUGAACGUGGGGGUCAUCCUGUUAUAAGAAAGCCAAUGCGGCAAUGGAUGCUCAGGAUUACUGAAUAUGCUGACCGUCUUCUUGAAGAUUUAGAUGACCUUGACUGGCCUGAAAGUGUAAAGGACAUGCAAAGAAACUGGAUAGGGAAGUCAGAAGGGGCUGAGAUGGAAUUUUCUGUUCUUGACAGUGAUGGGCAGGAAAAAGACAUGAAGGUUAAAAUCUACACUACAAGGCCUGACACAAUAUUUGGAGCAACCUACUUAGUCGUGGCACCAGAGCAUCCUUUGUUGCAAUCAUUUAUGACAGCAGACCAGAGCAAAAAUGUGGAGGAGUACACAGAUAUUGCCUCAAGAAAGAGUGACCUUGAGAGAACUGAACUUCAGAAGGAAAAAACUGGGGUAUUUAGUGGUUGCUAUGCAAGAAAUCCAGUUAAUGGAGAAGCGAUCCCCAUAUGGGUGGCAGAUUAUGUAUUAGGAAGUUAUGGAACGGGAGCAAUUAUGGCAGUACCUGCACAUGAUACUCGUGACUAUGAGUUUGCUUCAAAAUAUGAUAUCCCUAUUCGUUGGGUUGUGACACCAGAUGAUGAAAAAAUUGGUGAUUCUGGAAAAGCUUUUCCAGGUGAAGGGGUGGUUAUAAAUUCUAUAAGUUCAAAAUUUGGACUUGACAUCAAUGGGUUGUCCAGCAAAGAAGCUGCUUCCAAAGUAAUUGAGUGGGCUGAGAAAAAUGGAAAAGGAAAGAAACAGGUGAACUAUAAGCUGAGGGAUUGGCUCUUUGCUCGGCAACGCUAUUGGGGGGAACCAAUUCCUGUUAUUUUCUUGGAUGUAACUGGUGAGAGUGUUCCCCUUUCUGAAACUGAGUUACCCCUUAUACUACCUGAGUUGGAUGAUUUUACUCCGACUGGAACUGGGGAACCUCCACUCUCAAAAGCAAAGUCUUGGGUUAAAACCACAGAUCCUUUAUCUGGAAAACCUGCUCAACGUGAAACAAGCACAAUGCCACAGUGGGCUGGUUCUUGCUGGUACUAUUUGAGAUUUAUGGACCCGAAUAAUUCGAAAGAAUUGGUUGCAAAGUCAAAGGAAACGUACUGGAGUCCAGUUGAUGUGUAUGUUGGUGGUGCUGAACAUGCUGUUCUCCAUUUGCUUUAUUCUAGAUUCUGGCACAAGGUUCUCUAUGACAUUGGUGUUGUAUCGACCAAGGAACCCUUUAAGUGUGUGAUAAACCAGGGAAUUAUUCUUGGAGAAGUUCAGUAUAUGGCUUGCAAGGAUGCUAAUGGAAAUAUCAUCUCUGCAGAGUUUGCUGAAACAGUUGGGGAAUACAAUCAAGAAAGAAUCCCAGAGGAAAAAGUCGUGAAAUCUGGAGACUCUUUUGUCUUGAAAGACAAUCCUGAUAUUCGUUUGAUUGCACGCUCCCACAAAAUGAGUAAAAGUAGGGGAAAUGUUGUCAAUCCCGAUGACGUAGUUUCCGAGUAUGGUGCAGAUUCACUUCGUUUAUAUGAAAUGUUCAUGGGUCCACUUAGAGACUCGAAAACAUGGAAUACUAGUGGCAUUGAAGGUGUCCACCGAUUUUUGGGAAGAACUUGGAGGUUGAUUGUUGGUUCACCUUUACCCAAUGGUACAUUCCUUGAUGGAACUGUGGUGACUGAUGAGGAACCUGCAUUGGAACAACUUCGCUCCCUCCAUAAAUGCAUUGCUAAGGUGACAGAGGAAAUUGAAGGAACUCGUUUCAAUACUGGAAUUUCAGCAAUGAUGGAGUUUCUUAAUGCGGCAUAUAAGUGGGAUAAACAUCCAAGAGUUAUUAUUGCAGCAUUUGUGUUGUUGCUUUCACCAUAUGCGCCUCACAUGGCUGAGGAGCUUUGGUUUCGCCUUGGUCAUACGGAAUCACUGGCAUAUGAGCCUUUCCCUAAGGCGGAUCCUGCUUACUUGAAGGAAUCCACCAUUGUUCUACCAGUUCAGAUUAAUGGCAAGACACGGGGUACCAUCCAGGUUGAAGAAAAAUGUUCCGAAGAGGAUGCUUUCCAGUUGGCAUCACAGGAUGAAAAGCUGUCCAAGUUUUUGGAUGGAAAAUCAAUCAAGAAGAGAAUUUUCGUCCCUGGCAAGAUCUUGAAUCUUAUCUUGGAUCGCGAAAAUGUGAAGGUUGGAGUCCGCCAGUAGUCUCCAGGACCAUUAUGACUGAGAGUAGCUCUCCUGUAACUGUAAGUAAGGCACUGUAAAUUAUUAGAGGUCAUUAUCCAUCCUAGUGUGCUGCUUCUCAAAAGAGGUAGGCAAGUGGUCCUAUAUAACAAAAGGGCAUCUGGUUUCAUUCAAUGGGUUUUAAAAUGACAUUGUCCCAACAAUGUUGUAGGAUGCCAAUUUUUCUGUGUUUGAAGUGGGCAGGGUACCAAUAUUUCAAAUUGCUUAUUUGAUAUUCUUUUCAAGAUACACAUACACAUACAUGCAUAUAUAUGUAACAGGUCAAUGAAUUAGCUUUCAAAGCUUUAUGAUUUAA